AUCUGUCAAUUGGGACCCAAGUUGGCCACUUUUGGUCCCCCAGGUUCCUACUUCACUCAGAGCUUCCCCAUGCAAUAUAGUUCUCUAUGCUGUUUAAUUCACUUUUUUGUUAUAUAUAAUUUUUGUACCGAAUAAAUACAUAUUUUUUAUGAAUACGGUCGAAAUGAUGUCCAAAGAAACCGCUAUGUGAGUGCUAGGUACGCUGAUACCCAUCUUAUUUCAUUUGGUCCAUUGUAUAUCCGUUGAUACUGACCGGCCCAACUUGAGCCGUGACGGUGAAAAAGAUACCUUUAUAAGCUUGUAAAACACCUUUUCUGUGUAAGUCAGGUGUGUCUUUUUGGGACGAGAUCCCUUUUAAUUGAAGGACACCACCUUUUGCUCACUGGUACUAUUGCGAGGGGGUUUAACAUUACCCCACAGCAAUAUUUUUUGAAAUCAUAACAGUACUACACAUAUUGUGUUUUGUAUUAUAUUCUUCCACAUAUAUCUGAGCGUCUAAUCAAACCAUCGCAUCAGGGUGAGAGAACCUAUGUACCCCGAUCGCCAUCCAAAGAAACCGCUAUAUGAGGAUCACAACAGUUUUAACUGUGAGUGCCAGAUAACACAUGGCUGCAAUAUCCCAACUGGAGCGAGACAUGAUGGAAAAGGCUCGACGCCAGAUUCCACAGUGCCAGGACCCAGUGGAGAAGCUGAGAUUGCAGUGUCUUGCAAGAGGGGCAUCUGGAAUUAAAGGUUUGGGAAGGGCUUUUCGUAUCAUGGAUGAUAACUACAGUAGCUCUGUAGAUCUAGAAGAAUUCUCCAACGGUCUCCAAAACUAUGGAGUACCUCUACAGCCAGAAGAAGUACAGAAAAUAUUCGAGCAAUUUGACACAAAUGGAAAUGGGACCAUCAACUUUGAUGAAUUCCUAAACUCGGUCAGGCCACCAAUGUCUAACGCUCGCAGGCAAGUCAUACUAGAGGCUUUUCAUAAAAUGGACAAAACAGGUGAUGGACUUGUUACUAUUGAAGACCUCAAGGGUGUUUACAACCCAAAAUGUCACCAGAAGUAUCAGAAUGGAGAGUGGAAUGAGAGACAGGUAUUCCAACAUUUUCUGGACAGCUUCGACUCACCAAACAAGAAGGAUGGACAGGUGACAGCAGAAGAAUUCCUGAACUACUACAGUGGGGUCAGCGCGUCCAUAGACAGUGAUGCUUAUUUUGUUGUCAUGAUGAAGAAUGCAUGGAAAAUGUAACACUGUUACUUACUAUAAAGCUUAAUAAAGUAAUCUGACAUGUAGAAGAAUAGAUCCUAUAAAAUAUAUCACAGUGACCCAUUCCUGCACAUGCAGGGGAUUGCAAGGAUGUCUAUGGCCAGCCAGCACUAUCAUGCUACAAAAAUCAAAGCAGGUGGGUUUCAACUAAGUAGCACACACUGCUUCACACGGGAUGUGGUCAUUUGACCAUAUAUCAAAAUCCUGACAAGGUCAAAAUACAGACAUUUAAAAUAACGACAAGGUCAUAAUACCGUCAUUUUUAAAAUGUCGACAAGUCAAAAAGUCGACAUGAGCUUUUGAUGAUUUUUUUUAAUCGAAACUGACUUGUUGAUACUUUACCAUCCCAGUGGACCUGGAGGGGGAAUAUAAUAGGGUGCCGAGCGCAGCGAGGCACUGUACCCAAAGCAUGGAGAGCCAUGCGAGGGGCCACGGUACACUUAUACGGUGUCCCUGUCGACCUACACACAAAAACAGUGAAACCUCAUGUCGACUUUUUGACCUGUCAACAUUUUAAAUGUCGGUAUUUUGACCAUGUCGGAAUUUUGACCUUGUCGGAAUUUUGACUGUCAGGAUUUUGAUUGCACGUAUUUCAUACUAAACCCCUUAAUACUAUUCAGUGUAAACUGCUGAUGACAGCCAGGUGAUUUUCAGUUUGGGGUGGGGGGCAGAUGUAGACAGAAGACUGUAAAUUUCCAAACCCCUGCAUACUUAAAAUCUACAGGAAAAAAUAUAUAUAAUAGAAGCACUCUUCUAUAGAAGGUAUCUAACCUACAGUUAGAUGUGGUAUAUAAAUUACAUUUGUACAAUUUGUGACUUUGCACGUUUAACCUAAAUAUAAACAAAGCAACAAAGGUGCUCCUUCUCCUUAUUUAUACUUUCUACGUUGAUUUAUAGCAGUAUAUUGUGUAACUAUUGCAUGACUCCAACUUAAAUAUACUUAUAAUAAACAAAAAUGUCCUCUUUAA